UUUUUUGUUCCGUGUCACACGUGAGAGAUGAAUAUAGGUUAUGUGUUACUCGUUUGAAUUGAAAAGGAGAAAAUAAAAGGCAGUGAAUAUCCCCAUAAAAAGUGCAUUUGUUAUAUUUGUCCAAUAUUUAGAAAUCAAAAAUGCAGCACGACGAAGUGGUCUGGAGUAUUAUCAACAAAUCAUUCUGCUCCUACAAGACAAAUACAAAGACGCAAAAGUUCUGUAGGAAUGAAUACAAUCUAACUGGUCUUUGCAACAGAAGCUCCUGUCCUUUAGCAAAUAGUCGGUAUGCUACAGUUCGCGAAGAAAAUGGGAUUAUUUAUUUGUAUAUGAAAACUGCUGAAAGGUCUGCUUUCCCGAAGAAGUCAUGGGAGAAAGUUAAACUGUCAAGAAACUUUGAGAAAGCCAUUCAUCAAAUUAAUGAAAACUUAUUAUAUUGGCCUGGUUUCAUAAGAUCAAAAUGCAAGCAACGUUUUUUGAAAAUUACACAAUAUCUCAUAAGAAUGAGAAAACUAAAACUUAGAAGACAGAAAUUGUUAGUUCCCAUACAAAGUAAAGUUGAAAGGAGGGAGAGAAGAAGGGAAGAGAAAGCUUUGGUUGCUGCCAAAAUUGAGAGGGGUGUUGAAAAAACUCUAUUGGACAGGCUUAAGAAGGGAGUGUAUCAAGAUUUGUACAACAUCAACGAGAAAGCUUUCAAUGAUGCCUUGGAUGAGAAUGAAGUUGAAUCUGAAGAAGAAGAAAAUGAAGCAGAAUACGAAAUGGAAACGGAAGGUGAUGAUGGUCCACAAUUUGUAGCUGCAAACUCGGACGACGAAAGCGAUGAUGUAAAGUUCCUUUAUUGAUUUUUUAUUUGCCAAAACAAAAAAGUGUCCUCCACAUUAUUUUCUCUUUCGGCUAGGUUUUUCAACAUUGAAAUGUUUUAUCUGAGUUGUUAGUUUCUCAAUAGAAGUUGUUCUUUUAGAAGCAUACACCAAAGUUGAAAAUAUUGAUAACAAAUCCUUGGAUAAUUGAGAUUGUGCAGUAUGUUCUUUUCUUCUUCUAAUUUUACGUUUUCUUUUUGCAGGACAGUGUAAGUGGACAACCUGAAGGUGUAUACCUGGAUAGCAGUUUU